AGCCACUUCGCCUUACCCAUUCUACCUUCUCCUUCUUCUUCUUUAAAAACACAACCAUCUCAUAAGACAUCAAGAUGGCUCGCCAACGUCGUGGUGCCGCUCCCACUCCGGCCCGGCGUGCCCCAGCCAGACCUACUCCCGCUCCUGCCGCCCCAGCUCAGACUCAGCAUCGUGCCUCUUCAACGGCCGCCGCACCACCACCUGCAGCUCCAGCAGCCCAGCAGGCAGCUCCGCCUCAGGCUGUCCAGCAGAGCCAGGGACCUGGUCUAUUUGCUCAGAUGGCUUCUACUGCCGCUGGUGUCGCAGUAGGCUCCUCCAUCGGUCACGCCGUCGGCAGCUUCUUCACUGGUGGAUCGUCCAGCGCUCCGGCAGAGGCUGCUCAAGCUCCUCCCGCUUCGUCCGCACCUAUGGACAACAGUUUGUACCAGAGCAACUCCAGCAGCUGGGGCCAAUCUCAAGCGUGCGAAACCGAUAUCAAAGCGUUUCGUACCUGCAUGGAUGAGCACUCUGGAAAUAUGUCCAUUUGCGGAUGGUAUUUGGAUCAGUUGAAAGCUUGUCAAGAAGCUGCUAAGCAGUACUAA